AUGGCCCGUAUCCCGCUCCUUGGUUUCGUCCGUUUUAUCGUACCGCCAUUCGGUUUGGAGCGGUACGGCGGACCAUUUUAUUUUGGGCACCGGGCCAACGUGCCUCGUGUUUCCGUUCCAAAAGCGUCCCCCCCGCGAAUUGGGCCCGCUGAACUUUCGGGCCCAAUUCGCCGCGAGCCCAUCGCGGAUCGAGUUGAAGGCUUAACAUUUUUCCCGUCAACCUCGCAGCGAGGACGAAUCGGAUCACAACAAACGGCCGCCCAUUACGGCGUCCGCCGGGCCCCGCGCUAUCGCCCGCCCCGGCCGCCCUUUGACAAAGUUCUAUUAGCG